UCGGGGCUGAACGGGCACCAUGCGGCGGGGCGCGCUCCUGGCUAGCGCCCUGGCCGCCUACGCCGGGUACCUGGCGCUGGGCGCGCUGCUUGUGGCGCGGCUGGAGCGGCCUCACGAAGCCCGGCUGCGGGCAGAGCUGGGGACCCUGCGGGAGCAGCUGCUGCGGCACAGCCCGUGCGUGGCGGCUCAUGCCCUGGACGCCUUCGUGGAGCGGGUGCUGGCGGCCGGACGGCUGGGGCGCGCAGCGCUCGCCAACGCCUCGGGAGCCGCCAACGCUUCGGACCCUGCGUGGGACUUCGCCUCGGCGCUCUUCUUCGCCAGCACACUAGUCACCACCGUGGGCUAUGGCUACACGACCCCACUGACAGAUGCCGGCAAAGCCUUCUCCAUCGUCUUUGCACUCCUGGGCGUGCCUAUCACCAUGCUACUUCUGACUGCCUCAGCCCAGCGCCUGUCACUGCUGCUCACCCAUGCACCCCUGUCCUGGCUGAGCCUGCACUGGGGCUGGCCCCCGCAGCGGGCAGCCCGCUGGCACCUGGUGGCCCUGCUGAUGGUCAUAGUGGUUAUAUUCUUCCUGGUACCGGCUGCGGUCUUCACCUACCUUGAAGAGGCCUGGAGCUUUCUGGAUGCUUUCUAUUUCUGCUUCAUCUCUCUGUCCACCAUUGGCCUGGGGGACUACGUGCCUGGGGAAGCCCCAGGCCAGCCUUACCGGGCCCUCUACAAGGUGCUUGUCACAGCGUACCUCUUCCUCGGCCUGGUUGCCAUGGUGCUCGUGUUGCAGACUUUCCGCCGUGUUUCCGACCUCCAUGGCCUCACCGAACUCAUCUUGCUGCCCGAUCCGGACCCUGCCAGCCUCAGCCAGGAUGAGGAUGAUCAGGUGGCCGUUCUGGAUGCCCGGACAGAUCUGCAUCAGCACCUCUCUGACGCCUCCCACGCUGACUACGCCUCCAUCCCCAGGUAGCUGUGGACCUGGACACACCCGGCCUGGGCUUUGGGCCCCAUGUGACUGGAUCAACUGGAAUGCCCAGGCACACUCUCCUGUCUUUUCACAGAGCUCCACUGGGAGGUGAGGAGUAGCCGCUCUGCUCCUAUGUCCUCCGCUCCUCAGGGCACUAACACAGUCAUUUUCUCCUCCUUUCUUUUCUCCCUUUUUUUCUCAGACUCUGACCACGUGGGCUUUCUGACUUUGUUGGUGAGAGUGGUGGUUUAUACGAUUUUUUGUUUUGUUUUUGUUCUUGUUGUUUUUCUAUGUCUCGCUCUCUUGCAUAGCUCAUCCGGCACACCCAGUUCUGGGCUCUGGGCCUGGACUCCACUUCAGCCUCUGUAUUCGUGGCUUUGUCUUGGCCAAAUGAUUUCCCCAUUCUAAACCUUGAUAUCUCCAGCCAUGAGAUGCAAAGAAUGUUCAAACUCAUCCAUGGACCUUCACUUCUGCCAUGCUUUUCUGUGCUAGGCACACAGUAAUAGAAGAUGUGGCUUGGGCUCUGCUCUUAUUGGGGUGACCGGCCAGUGAGGUAAAGUGACUGACUUGCUGUCCCUUGAUGGUGACAAACUCCUGUGGGCACUGGAAGAGGCAGAGUGGUCAGGACUGAGGAGUGGACCUGAAAUGUCCAGGUGGGCUUUCCUGGAAAACGGGACAAGAACUAACCCAAGACCUGCCAGUCAAGAGAAGAAAUUCUGCCUUCUUCUCAGGUGUCUAUGGGCCAUAGGGCCUGUGGGAAGAGGCCUGCAAGGGGCCAGCAUCUCCCUCAGCGACUCAACAGGCAAGGAACUGACCCAGGAUAUGAGCCCAGAUCCAAGUGGCAUGAGAGGGGUAACUUAGUGUGGUCCCACGGUGAUGCUCUGUGUACCGGGCACUGACUGAUGGUCUUUCUGGGCGUGCCCUGUAACUGGGCCAUAUUUUGCCAAUGCAUUUGGACAGUCACUCUACCUUUGGGACUCUGUGUCUGCUAAAUGGGGAACCAUAAUGCUACUCCAAAAGAUGACAUCAACCAGGUGCAGUAGCGGGUACCAGUAGCCUGAGCUGAAGCAGGAGGCUUGAGAGUUCAAAGGCAGGAUGGGAUACACAGCAGGAGCCAGGUGAUAAAAUAAGCUAAGCAAUAUAAUAAUAAUAAUAAUAAUAAAUAUAAUCACAGGAAUAUAGUGCCAAGCUAAAGGGGACUAGGCUACAGAAGGAUACACAAUCCUCGGGGUUGGAACUUACUUAUACAAUUAUAUCACUUAAGGAUUUUGACUGCAACUAACAAAGGCCAGACUGAAACAACCCGGUUGUUAAAUUGUAACUGGACAGAGCCCCGAUGGGGAGAACCUGAGCUCUGCACGGCUAAGGAAGGCAUGGCUGUGGGUUCAGUCUCUUUUCUCUCCACAGCAGACGUAGCUCUCGUAUAUGCUCUCUUCCUGGUGUCUAAUGGCUGCCACAGACCCAGGCAUCCAAACCAGACGUGUGCAAACCAGAGGAUAGUGCAAGCAAUAGAAACUUCAAGCAGUGUUCUGAGAACUUUAAGGAAGGCUGGCCCAGUACCAAACCACUGUAGAAAGUCAAAGGGGGGAACUGGGUGUGUUGGCAUAUACCUACCCUAGCACUGUGGAGGGUGUGCCUGGAGAGUCCUGAGGCUAGGCUAGCCUGGGCAACAGAUAAUGACACCACAAAACUCCAAAGGGAGCUAGGGAUGUUCACAGUGGUGGGACGUGUCUGCUUCAGGUGCUAAAGAAAACAAUUUACAAUUAUAGGUGCUGGGAAGAUGGCUUAGCCAGGCAGGCUCAAAAACCUGAGUUUCUCCCCAGUCCCUACAUAAAAAAUGCUAGAUGUCAUGGUGCAGCCCUGUAAUCCCAGCAUCUGGAGGCAGGAGCUGGUAGAAUUUCUGCGAGUUCAAGGCCAGCAUGGUCUACGUAGUG